AUGGGUAACCAAAUCCAUGGAUGGAAUAUUGCCCACAAGCUGGAGAAGCGAAAGCUUCUCAUCGCCAUUAACUGCGUGGCGGGCUUAUCAAUCUUCUUCUUUGGUUAUGAUCAAGGGAUGAUGGGUGGAGUGAACAACUCUAGUGAUUAUCUUGAGCUCAUGGGAAUGGGCUACGGGGCUGAUAUCAAUGGCGAUGUCAAUGUCCCUGUCGUCACAGACAGCCUUCUACAGGGUGGUAUCGUCUCCGUCUAUUAUCUGGGUACUUUGGUUGGUGCUCUUUUCGGGGGCUGGAUUGGCGAGAAGAUAGGACGAUUGAAGAGUGUUGCAGUUGGAUCAGUGUGGGCUAUUAUUGGUGCUGCGUUGCAAUGCUCGGCUAUGAACCAUCAGUGGAUUAUCUGCGCCCGGUUUAUCAAUGGAAUCGGCACAGGAGUUCUGAAUGCAAUUGUCCCUGUGUGGGCGACGGAGACGGCAGAGCACACGUCUCGAGGUCAGUUUAUCGCAAUUGAAUUCACGUUAAAUAUCUUCGGCGUGGUGGUUGCAUAUUGGUUAGAGUUCGGUCUUUCCUUCAUAGACGGGGGACGUUCAGCAUUCCGUUGGCGGUUCCCGAUCGCAUUCCAAAUCAUUCUAUUGUUUGUAUUGCUCGGUGCCGUAUGGUUUUUCCCCGAGUCCCCACGAUGGCUGGUCAAGGUGGGUCGCGAAGAGGAAGCACGCUACAUCCUCGGUCGACUGCGUGGAACAGGCCCCGAGGAUGGGGACAAGGCGGAAGCAGAAUUUCGAGACAUAUGCAAUGUUGCUGAGUUGGAAAGAACUCAGAAGUACAGCACUUCCUACUUCUCCAUGAUUACCGGAAGAGGUUCAGGCAAUCUUCACAUCGGUCGCCGCGUACAGCUGGUCGUAUGGCUGCAAAUCAUGCAGGAGUGGGUGGGAAUUGCCGGCGUAACAAUCUAUGCACCCGUUAUCUUCCGUAUGGCUGGCUUUGAUACUGAGAAAAGUCAGUGGGUGAGUGGCUUGAACAAUAUCUUUUACAUGUUCUCAACCUUGAUCUGUGUCUUUACUCUAGACCGGAUAGGCCGUCGCUGGACCCUGUAUUGGGGAUCUGCAGGGCAAGCAAUUGCAAUGUUCCUUGCAGGAGGCUUCUCCUACCUCUGUAAGCAGGCAAACGCUGCGGGGGAUGCUAGUAAAGCGUCAUCGUACGGCGCCGCCGCAGCCUCCAUGGUCUUUAUUUUCACUUUCAUUUUCGGUGCGACCUGGUUAACGGUGCCGUGGCUUUAUCCUGCUGAGAUAUUCCCGCUCUCCGUUCGUGCUAAAGGCAACGCCUGGGGUGUAGUAGGAUGGAGCAUUGGAAAUGGAUGGCUGACGCUCCUCUGUCCCAUAAUGUUUUCUUCUAUCGGAGAAAAAACGCUUUACAUCUUCGGAAUCGCCAACGUGAUAACCCUCCCGAUGGUCUGGGCUUUGUACCCCGAGUCAAAUCAGCGUACAUUGGAGCAAAUAGAUAUGCUAUUCGCGGCCGACAGCAUUUGGGUGUGGGAUGCAGAGCGAAACUUCAAGACUUUGGUGGAAAAUAACCCCGAACUGACUCAAGCAGCGCGGGCUCGCAACCCAUCAGAGGCAGAGAAGAUCAAGGAUAUUGAACAUCAAGAGAAGGCCACAUCCGAACAUUUAUCUGUCUGA